CUGGGCAGCGACGUGAACUAUAGUUUAUUUAAACCCAAUUUAACCUAUGUACGUACGAAAUUAUAAAAGAAACAAAGAAAGAAGAUGAACAAAGAAAAUGUCGUUUCAUACGAUGUCUUUUGCUUACUUCCUUGAACACUUUUCCAUCAGCUUGCCAUGGUUCAAAUUUGCAAAGAUGUAUGAUUAUAUACACUUGAACGGUUGGUCUAUAUUUCAUGGUAUUACAGAAAGUCGUGAAAGAGAUCGAAACUAAUCCUCAAAAAGAUACUGAUUUUUGCUUUUAACAUGCACUAAAGGAUACUAAUAUCUCUUUCUGAGAACUCACAUACUAUCUCAAUUUUAUGCGGCAGAUAAUUCACAGCGGAAAGACGACCUAUAGUUAUUACCAUUAAUAGAUACAUCUAGUGCUGCUAGAACAAAAAUCAGCAAACGGCUCUGACUACUCUUUUGGCAUACUUUUAGCUUGCACAGUUUGAUGGAAAAUGCAGACGCCCUUGAAAGAGAAAUUCAACAAGAAAACCUUUCAGCAAUUUCCAAAAAAAAUAAUAAUAAUUGAAGCUAUAGACGAUAUAUAUGCAAACGAAUUCUCUAAUUAUACACCAGAAAACAGAAAAUAAAUAUAACAGGUAAACAAGCAACAAAGACAAGUGACAUUGUGACAGUGGUGUUACCUGACCAUGAAAAUUUUAAUUGGAAUUUUGCACCAAAAAGUAGAAUUCGGUUUACUCGGCUGGACGGUUCUUUGCGCUUCGUCUUUUGAGUUUAUCAGUAUGAGAGCUUUGAAUGGUUCAAUUAAUUAAUGUCACUUCGCUUUAUCUGAAUGGGCAUUUAUCGGAAUCAGGAGCGAUCCGAUACAUACAGGGCAGGGUUGGAACAGAGCGUUUCGAAGUUAUUUUCCACCAAACACCAUUGCAAAGCAAUUGCACAUACUCUUUCCAUCGAAGAGAAACCUGUUUUUUUUUUAUUUUUUUUAUUAAAAAAAAAACAAGGAAACUUGUCGUGGCAACUUCACGACUUCAGUUUUGGAUCAGUUUGCAAUUUUCCAAACUAUCCAAACAGUAAAGUAAAAGGCAAAUUCCGUUUUCUUUGACUAGGAAAAACGAAGAAAAGAAUUUUUUUAUCAUGGUUACUACUAGUGAAAAUGUAGUGAAUGAUACCAGCCUGAUGGAUGAACCAGAAGAUAAAAAGUCCGUCAGGCAAUCUGCCUCCACCGUUAUUCGUGACGAUAAGCUUUCAGAAGGAUCCGUGGAGCAGUUGGAUGAAUGGAAUGUUGCGACUGCUUUGAUGUCUAUUGAUGCAAACCAUCCAGCACAUCCUCAUCAUUGGCCUAAAUGGAAAAAGUGGUUUGUGACCAUCACUUACACUUUACUAGAAACAUAUAUCAUUUGGUCCAGUACUGCCGUGAUUAACUUUGUAAGCUAUUUCCAAGAAGAAUGGAAAUGUAGCUCACAAGCUGCCUACCUUGUUCAAAGUCUUUUUAUUUUAGGAAAUGCAUGCGGACCAAUGAUUUUGGGUCCUAUGUCAGAUAUCAUUGGUAGAAAAUGGGUAUAUGUGAUUUCCAUUUUAUUUUACAUUAUUUUCCAGAUUCCUCAAGCUUUGGCUUACAAUCUUCCCAUGAUGGCGAUCAACAGCGCAAUUGCUGGAAUCUGCGGAAGUGCUGCGGUAGCAAACGUUGCUAGUAGCAUGUGCGAUGUUUUUACAAAAGAAACUGUUGGUUUAGGUAUGGCAUUCUUUGUAUGGGGUGCUAAUGCUGGUGCAUCCAUUGGAUCACCAAUUGGUGAAGCGCUGGCUGAAAAGAACUGGAGAUGGUUUUAUUGGAUGAACAUGAUAGUUGGUGGCUUCUUGGUCAUCAUUUGCUUCUUUGUGCCUGAAACUUUACCUGCGACGAAUGUUAUGAAUUAUGCAAAGAAAUUGGAACAAAAUAAUUUACAAAUAUCUACUCUUGCAAAGGCAAAAUCAGCAGUUAUACGUGCCAAAUUUGCAUUAACUAUGGCCGCCCGGAUUUUUGUCACCGAACCCAUUGUUGCUGCUUUGGGUUUAUAUAAUGGAUUUGCUUAUGGUAUUAACUUUUUGUAUCUCGAUGGUCUGUUCCCUGUCUUCAAAUACAAUUACAACAUGUCUUAUAUGCACGCAAAUGAAACAUUCCUAAACUUUCUAGUUGGUGUAACGCUAGUCGUUAUGCUACAGCCUUUGCAAGACUGGCUCUACCGCCGUGACAAAAAGAAGAACGGUGGUGUUGACCGCCCUGAAGCGCGAUUCUUGAUGUCUUUAGUUACAGUUUGGUUCUUUCCUCUUGGACUUUUUUGGUUCGCAUUUACUUCCAGUGGAAACAUUUCUUGGGUUUCUCCUCUAAUUGCCGGUGGUUUUAUUGCUGUUGGUGAUCCCCAGCUUUGGCUAGCUAUGUUGAACUAUGUCACUGAUUCCUACCCUUCGGUGGCCGGGUCUGCCGUUGCUGCUUUCACUCUCCCAAGUUUUACCCUAGCAGCCGUCCUUGUUCAUCUGGGUGCUAUUAUGUUUAACAAUAUGACAACUACCUGGGCAAUGGCUACGUUGGGUUUUAUCAGCCUUUCGCUUGUUUUGUUAAUUUACGUUAUUUACUUUUUUGGUCACAUUCUUCGUAAACAUAGUCGACUCGCUAUUACACAGGAAGCUUUAGCUGAGCGUAAUGAGAAACACGUUGAGGUUUAAGAUGUGUGUGCGUUAUGUGUUUUGGUGUCGAGAGUGUUAUUUAUUCAAGCGUUUUCUGUCUCAAAAUUCGUUGAUAUACUUUUUUUUUGGUUCCUUGUCUUUAUUCCCCUUUUUUUAUAAAUCAAGACGUAUAGUCACUAUGUAUUAGUUUGCUUUUUUGGUGAUUGUUUAACAAUCAAUUUAC